AUGACGCGAACAUCAAUGAAACCUCCUGCCGGCAAAAAAGGCGGCACCAAGUCUACGAAAAACCACACCUUCCAAUCCUUCACCCAAAAGCUGCAAAAUAUCAAAAUCGACCCAGUAAGAAAAGUUCGCCGCCGGGUCCUGGACGAAGGAUUCGAGAGGUCGUUCUUCCACAGCGCGCUAGAGAAAUGGAUCGAUUUGAAUUUAUCCACUACGUUCGUGGAAUUGUUUGUUCGGCCGGUGCUGCCGCUCUCGGAAUCGCUGCCGCAUAUCUUGCAUCACAAAGAGACGAUUUUUGGCCUACUUGUUGAGGGGAUCAAGACCAGGGAUGUCAAUGCGCUUGAGCCGUUAUUGGACCUGCUCACGCAGUUCGCGCAUGAUCUGGGGGUAGAGUUUCAGGGUUUCUUCAAAGAGAGUGUGGGGUUGUUGGCGGCUUUGGUCGCGGAGGGUUUUGUAGAGGCGCAGGUUGUCGAGUGGGUGUUCGGAGCGCUGGCCUAUUUGCUAAAAUACCUUUCGAGGUUGCUCGCGGGGGAUCUCAGGCCGUUGUUUGGCGUUGUUAGGGGCAUGCUUGGCUGGGGUGGUGGGAGGGGGUUUGUGAGGAGGUGUGCCGGUGAAGCUAUCGGGUUUCUAGUUAGGAGGGUUAGGGCGGAAGUGGUUAGGGAUUUGGCCAGAGCUGUGUUUGAAGACCUUCGGGAGUGUGAGGGGGCUUGGGUUCCUGGGUAUAUGGAGGGGUUGAUGGGGUUGUUUAAGGAGGGGUGUGUGGGCGUUGAUCGGGGGUUACAUUCUAAAGCACCGAUAGUGCUAGAGUCGUUAAUACAAGUCGCUAAAGAAUUGGGCGAAGAUAUCGGUGGUCGAUGCUUCAAGAUAAUUGAAGGAGUUUUAAUAUCACUCAUUCACCACACCAACGACGAAACCUUCUAUCCAGCCCUACGAGUUGUAUAUGCUAUCAACAAUCCCAACGACGAACUAAGUACUCGCAUGUCUGCGCGCCUCCUCUACAUAUGCCUCACCGUCAGAAAAGGAAACCGCAUCUCAGACUGGGGAACCGCCGCCGAAGUCGCAGUCGCAAACACUCAGAUCAUUAUGGGACUUCCGGAUGACAGCAGCGGCAGCGGGGAGAGGGUUAAAGAGACUAUGUGGGAGUCGCUCAAGGCCGUGGCGAUGGUGAUGCAGACUGCUGAUAUGGAGGCUGUGAUUGCCCGGCUAGGACGGAUAAUGGAUUCUGUCAGGGAGUUUCAAGACGGACGGCUGUUCUUGCCGUUUUGCGAGCUUUUGGCGGAUACGGGGGUGGAGAGGUUUAGAGUUUUUAUGUUGCCAUAUUUUCAGAGGUUUAUUACUGCCAAGUGGGCGAUUGCAGAAGAUAAUCUGCUAUAUCUGAUUCCGAAGCUAGGUGCGAAUGGAUCGCUCGUUCCUUCCGAGGACACCGAUAGGACUACUAUGGCGACAGUUCUGGGGGAUAAGUCCCCGGUGACGGCCGGGGCAAUGAAUAAUAUCCGGGAGUUUCUCGAGAACAUUGGGGGUGGUGGUGAUCAGGAUACCUUGAGGGCCCAGGCAGUGAAGAUUUGGGAGUAUCUUAAUGCUAUUCUUUCGCUGUCGGAUAGUCUCCAGGGGGACCAGCUUCCUGGUGGCCUUGCUGAUGCUUUGGAACAAUUGCUCAAUGGCUUAUUUUCGUUACCAGAGAAUACCAAGCUCGCGUCCUUGACGGGAAAGGUUCUGACAAUGUCCUCUAAGUAUCCAUCAAUGAGAUCGCGGAAUCUGGAAGAACCACUGGCUGUAGCAUUCCCGAAAUUAGCAGACAAUGCUGUAUUCCUCCAGGGUGUCGUCGGCUUUUUCUCCCUCUCAACGCCCAAGAAACUCACAGACAAAGCUCUCAUUUCCAUGGCCGACAAACUGAUAACAAAUCUCUCCAGUUCUUCCCAUGACAUACGCUCACACUCACUACGGUGUCUCGAACUCCUCCACGUUGCCAAAAGUCCCCGGAAGCAAGUCUCAUGCGUCAUCAGCACCGCACAGAUAAUCGAGAACUCGCCGUUAGAGGUCUCCAACGCAAGGAAUAUAUCGCUCUACGUCCGAAGGUUAGCAGGCGAGUAUUCUUCCGCCGCAAAGGGGUCCUGGGAGAGCAGGGUUGUGCCGUAUUUCUGCUUUGGUCUGUUAACAGUGCACUUUUCGCCGGUGUGGGAUGAUGCCUCGGCUACACUUUCGAAGGUUGCUGAACGAGAUGAGGAGGUGGUGGCUAUGCUCGCGUUUGAGUGGUUGGAGAGGCAGUGCGAGACACCCGAGGCGAGCGAUAGCGGAACGAGUGAUGGUGGGAAGGCCUCGUUAAAUGGUUUUGAGUGCUCGAAUUUGAAUACGAUCGAGGAGGUUGCGAAGAAGUGUGUCAUGGGCGGGUUUGAAGCUGUAGCGGAUCUGGAGAGGAAGUUUGCUAAGGACCUGAAAACGCCGACACUAUCUACCUCGAUAGCCCGAAUGCAGGCUUUGAAGGUCCUCACGGAAGUCCCGCGCAUCGCGGAAAAGCGGAGCAGGAAGUUGGUGCCCAUGUUCCUUGAGUGGUCCACCUUCGAGGACACGGAAGACGGCGAGGACGAAGAGGAGACCAAAACUCAAUCUAAAUGGCUGAGAAAAGAACAAUCCGCUAUGUUAACAUUGUUCUCUAGGUUUACAAACCCCCGAUCAUUAUAUAAAUCAGACGCAGUAUAUUCUGCACUUCUAUCCCUCCUGUCCUCUGGAGAUCCGAAGGUUCAGACACUAGUCCUUGAAUGCAUAUUUACUUGGAGAAUCCCUGCUAUUCGAACAUAUGAAGAUAACCUUAAAAAUUUACUCGAUGACGCGAGGUUCCGCGAUGAGAUCACGCACUUUGUCCAGAUCGGUGAGGAUGAGUCCAUGAUCCAGGAUGACCAUCGGCAGAAACUCAUGCCAGUCCUACUGCGAUUACUCUACGGGCGAAUUUUAUCCAGGAAGAACGCAACGUCCGGAAAGAAGGGCAUGGAAUGCCGAAGGACAGUCGUCCUAGCUUCCCUAGUAAACUUUCAACAAUGGGAGCGCGAGCUAUUCAUUGAAAUUGCGCUUGGAAAUCUUGCAGAGGUGUCUGGACGGUUCGUCGAGAAGCGCCCGGAGAGGUACAUCCUUCAUAUGGAAGCACUCGGCACUGCGCAUGUGUCCAACAGAAAGCAGAUGGGUUUCGUAAGGAUGGCUGGGGAUAUGAUUCGCCAGUUGGGGUCCACACUUUUGCCGUUUAUGGAGAAGAUUGUUGAUGCUUUUCUGUAUUGUCUGGUCAUGGCUACAAAGACCAUUGAUUCACGGGAGGAUAUAAUAGAUGGGCUGGAUGAUGCUGUUGCGGUGAAGGCUGCUCGGGCGAUUCGUCAAGGGGGGGUUAAGUGUUUGGGCGCGUUGUUCAGCAGUUGUCCUACAUUUCCAUGGGCACAUUAUAUGCCGGCUAUUUUCGAUGAGUUGGUCAAUCCCCGACUGGAUGCUCUCCCGAUAGAGACCUCCCAGAGCCCUUCCGGAUUACUACAGCUAUUCUCCACAUGGGCGAACUCUAAGGACACUGUCAUGUUCCUGGAAGACUACAACCAAACAGUACUCUCCAAGAUAGCAGCAUGCCUCGCGAACAAGAGUGUAAAAGACGAAGUCGUCCUGUUCAUCAUUAAAAUGGUCAAACAGAUUGUCUCACUGGCGGGCUCAGAAGGCGGUGUCGGACCAAGACUCCUAGAACCAAAUGUCGACGUCCUAUUAGUCAAUCUGGGCGACAUCUUGCACCAGAGCCCCGGAAAAGAAGUUCUUGAGCAAGCUGUUGAAGCGAUUUCUAAGAUCGCGCCGUUCGUGUCGGGCGACACGGAGACUACACACCUGGUGGAGCUUUCCGUGUUCUUGCUGCGUCAGCCAUCGAGGAGGGUCAGCCCUAAGGCCAAGGGCGAUAUCCUCAAGAUUUUAUUGCACUUUCUUCCAUUAUGCGUUGUGGAGAAGGAGAGCAAGUUGUAUGAAGAUACUUUCCGAUGUGUGUCUUCUCUAUUCGGGUUCUUUAAGGAUAGGGAGAAUAGAGAGACGUUGGCGGGCGUAUUCAAUGUAUUUGCCGAACGGGACGAGGAGCUCGUCCAAGUCGCGGAAUUAUCCAGGCAACUCAACUCCUUCUCUGAUAGAAGACUCGAUGAGCCAGACUUUGAGCAACGCCUUAGAGCAUAUGGUAAGAUCAACGAGGACCUCUACCUACAGUUCUCACCGAAGCAAUGGAUACCGCUCAUAUUCAACAUGCUCUUUUUCAUCCGCGAUAACGAAGAGUUGGCGAUCCGCACGAACUCCUCAUACGCACUCAAGCGCUUCGCCGAGAGCUGCGGGCAGAAAUCGGGAACCGAAGAGAAGGAAGCGUACCUCAAUAUCCUGUCAGAAACACUCAUGCCCGCGCUGAAAAACGGCGCUCGUGAACAAUCCGAAUUUGUACGGAUGGAGUACGUCGCCAUCGUAGCUCACGUAGUCAAAGAAUGCAGUUUCUGGGAAGAAGUCAGCGACAUGAAAGCGCUUCUCGUCGGCGACGACGAGGAGGCUAACUUCUUCAAUAAUAUCCUGCACAUCCAGCAGCACCGCAGGCUCCGCGCACUGCGAAGGCUAGCCACCACCUCGCGGAGGGAGAACACCCAGAGUUCGAAUAUCACGCACUUUUUCCUUCCCCUAGUGGAGCAUUUUGUCUUCGAUCAGGCGGAAGACGCGCAUAAUCUUGCCUCCGAAACGGUGAUCACCAUUGGAGCGCUGGCGGAGCAGUUGACGUGGACGCAGUAUCGUGCGCUAUUUAGACGGUACACGGGAUACCUGAAAUCGAAGCCGGAGUUGGAGAAGAUUGUCGUUCGGUUGAUAGGCACGACCGUGAACUCGCUGGCCCGUGCUACGGCUGCGAAGGGUAAUGCUGCGGCGAUGGUGAAGGAUGGAGGUGGGGAUGUUCCCAUGGGGAAUGCCAUGAAUCGGCUCGCGGAGUCACUACCGGAGCAGCGAAAUUUGGCGGAGGAUAUUAGCGGAGGGUUCCUAUCGCCAUUGAGCGAGUAUCUGCAUCAGAAGGAGGAGUCGACGGUUAGCUUGAGAGUUCCGAUUGCAAUUUCGAUAGCGAAGUUGCUGAAGCUUAUGCCUGACGAUAUGCUUCGUCUUCGAUUACCCCCUGUUCUCACGGACGUGUGCCAUAUCCUCCGAAGUAGAUCUCAAGAAUCGCGGGAUAUGACUCGGAAGACGCUGACAGAGAUUACUACGCUGCUUGGGCCGCAGUACUUUGAGUUUGUGCUUAAGGAGCUGAGGGGUGCUCUUUUGCGCGGCUACCAACUGCAUGUGUUGUCAUUCACUAUGCACUCGAUUCUUGUCUCUGUUACGCCGACGUACUCCCCGGGAGCGCUGGAUUACUGCGUCGGUCAGAUGGUGUCUGUUAUUAUGGACGAUAUCUUCGGCGUUACGGGUAUGGAAAAGGAUGCGGAAGGGUAUAUUAGCAAGAUGCGGGAAGUCAAGAGUAGUAAGAGUUAUGAUUCUAUGGACCUUAUUGCGUCGGUGACUACACUUCCGUACUUGGGGGGUCUCAUUCGACCUAUUGGUGCGUUACUAAAGGAGAACAUGAAUCUGAGAAUGUCACAAAAGAUCGACGAGCUCCUGCGGAGAAUUACAGUCGGGUUACUAAGGAAUAAAGAGGUCGGGUCUGAGAAGACGCUCAUCUUCUGCUACGAGGUUAUCCACGAGGGGUACAGACAAGACACGGCCGAGGCCCGGGAGAAAGAAGUUGAUCCGAAGACGCAGAGAUACUUGGUCAAUCUAAAGGUUCCCUCAAAGGCUGCCUCGGGGGUGGCUACUUCCUCGCAUAUGUAUAAACUUACCAGGUUCGCGCUGGAUAUUCUCAGGACCACACUGCAGAAACAUGAUGGUCUAAUGACGUCGAGGAAUUUGGCGAACUUUAUUCCCGUGAUUGGGGACGCUUUGUUAUCAAAGUAUGAGGAGGUUCAGAUCUCUGCGUUGAGAGUUCUCACGACAAUUAUUCGAACGCCUCUUCCUUCUAUUGACGAGGGUGCGGAGGUGUUUAUGGGGCAGGCGCUAAGCUUUAUCAAAUCUUGUCCGUCGAUGAAUGCAGAACUUGCACAAGCCAGUCUGAAGCUGAUGUCAUCUGUCCUGCGAGAGCGGAGGAGCGUCAAGAUCAAGGAACGUACAAUAGGAUAUCUACUCACCCGCGUGAAGUCCGACCUGGAAGAGCCCGACCGCCAAGGCGCCACCUUCAAUUUCCUUAAGGCGGUGCUAGCCCGCAAGGUUGUCAUCCCGGAGGUGUACGACGUCCUGGAUAGCGUCGCUGCAAUCAUGGUCACAAACCAGACCCGCUCCGUACGGGAUCUGGCAAGGGGCGUGUACUUCCAGUUCCUGAUGGAGUACCCUCAGGGCAGGGAUCGAUUGAACAAGCAAUUGGCAUUUUUAGUCAAGAACUUGGACUACGUCCACCAAUCUGGCCGCCAAUCCGUCCUCGAAGUGGUCAAUCUCCUGUGUACAAAAGUCGGCGACAGCCUCAUCCAACAGGUCCUUGGAACCUUCUUCGUCCCACUGGUCAUGCGCCUGAUAAACGACGACUCAUCAGAGUGUCGGGAAAUGGCCGGCGCACUGCUUAGAAAGGCUCUCGAACGCGCCGACGCAGACAACCUCUCGACGUUCACGAUGCUGAUGAAGAACUGGCUGGGCCAGGACCAGAAACCACUCCUUGUCCGCUCGGCGCUGCAAAUCUACGGACUGUAUCUAGAUGCGUUUCCAACCUCCGCAAAGAGAGACCUCCAAUUCGUCAUGGGGGAACUACAAUCCAUCAUUCGAGCAUCUAGCACCGACCAGGACGCGCACUGGGAGAAUUUAUACUUUUCCCUGCAAACAUGGGCCAGAAUCGUACUGCACUUCCCAGCAACCACGUUCUCAGCCGAUCAGGCGCCCGCAUGGACUUCCAUCCACGACUGCCUGUCAUUUCCGCACGCCUGGGUCCGUCUCUCAGCGGCGCGCCUAACAGGCCUCCUUUUCGCAGAGUAUGCCGCCAAAGCCACUCUCAGUACAACACCACUGGACAACGGCGCUGGACUAACCCUCUCGGCGGAAGCCAUGGUCCACAUCGCGCACAGAGCCUCCUCACACCUGAAUUCCCCGGAGUUAAGCGAGGAAUUAGGCCUUCAGGUGGUGAAGAAUUUACUAUUCCUGACAAGGUGCUUUCACGCCGCGGGGGUGGGGGCUAUAUCCUCCGUCCCCAUGAAUGAUCCUGAACUCGACGACGUUGAGGAGGAGCAGCACCAGCAGGAAGAGGGGAGGAUAAGAAGGUCGGCGUUGGAAUGGCUUGUGCAGAGAAUCUCCGCAAUCUUGCGUAGCGAACGGAACAUCAAAAAGGGCCUCCUAGGGAAGAGAUUUGCCAUGCAGUGGAUUGCCGCGUUAAUCCAACUCCUCCCGAAGGGAGAUCUCGAACCACUGGCGAAGACGCUGGUAAGGCCAUUAUAUAAUGUGCUAGAAGUGGAUGGUAUGCACCUCAUGAAAGACCUCAAACCAACAGCCCAAGAACUCCAAUCUUCCAUCGCGGAAAAACUAGGCACAACUUUAUUUGCUAUCAUCUAUAGUCAAGUUAAGAGCGAAGCGCUCGAGAGGAGGAGGGUUAGGAAGGGGAAGAGGGCGAUUCUGGCUGUUACAGAUCCGGAAAAAGCUGCAGCGAAGAAGAUCAAAAAACAUGAGCGGAAGAGGGAGGUGAGGAAGGAGAAAGGGAGGGCGGAGAGGGAGGGGAGAUGGGGGAGGGGUGGUUAGUUAGUUUACUUUCAUGAGGGGAUGCAUUAUAGUCUUUUCAUUGUGGUUUGUAUAUAUCAAAGCUUGUGUUUACGGUGUUUAGUUGGUUGCCCGGUGGUUAAUAGACAUGAUACAGACCCCGACUGAUGGUAUGUAUCUCUAAUUAUGCAAUUCAAGUUUAC